AUGUCAUCUCGUCGUCAAAAACGUGCUCAAUUACGUGCAAUGGAAUGUCUUGCUUAUUCAUCAACAUUAUCUUGUUUACGAGCACAGAAUGAUUAUGAUCAACAAUCAAAAUAUAUCAUCGAACAUCUUCGUCCACUUUUACAUAUAUCAUCACAUCGACAUUUAGCUGAAUUAAAACGUAUUAUUAAUGAUGAAGAACUGGAACGUCUGGCAUCAUUGAAACAUUUUGGUGAAAGUAAUUUAAAACAUAAAUGGAUUGAAUUAGAAGAAAAAGAAGAUGAAGAAGAUAAUAAACUAAAUACAUUGACUAAUAAUUCAACAUCAAUAAGAAAGAAAUUUAAAGGAUCAUAA